AUGAACCGAUCGCGAUUCUUCGGGCUCUCAGAUUUAGUUGAUUGUCUAAGGAGAAGGGAGAGGAAAGACUCCAGCGCGGUUCCCCCCUCCGCAGACACCCGCUCGCACCACUCGGAUGAAUCUGACACGAACGCCGCUCUGCUUUGCAUGCAACACAUUGCUUUUAUAGUAAAUGACUGUAACACUCGAGAGAUGGAGUCGUCAGAAUCCACCAAUGGCAACGAAGAAAGCUCCCGAUCGGUCCAAUCAGAGACUGAGGAAAGGACUUUUGUGACCAAUCUAUACCGGUUCAUGAAGGACAGAGGCACGCCCAUCGAGAGGAUACCUCACCUUGGCUUUAAGCAGAUAAACCUGUGGAAAAUCUACAAAGCCGUGGAGACACUGGGCGGAUAUGAUUCGGUGACAGCUCAGAGGUUGUGGAAGAACGUCUAUGAUGAGUUGGGAGGUAGCCCAGGCAGCACCAGCGCAGCAACCUGUACACGCAGACACUACGAGAGGUUGGUUCUCCCCUUUGAGAGGCAUUUGAAGGGUGAGGAGGAUAAGCCCCUCCCUCCUUCCAAACCGCGUAAGCAGUACAAGAAGAGCCCAGAGGGAAAGAGCAACAAGACAGAGGCUAAGAGGAAGAGGAAACUGACGGACAGAGAGGGCGAUAGAGACUCUGAGAAAGUGGGCCCAGACCACCACUGUGAGAUGGGAACCUGCCACCUUUCGGCUCACUGGCCCGCGAGCUCCGACAGAUCGAUUCCCGACCACCUGGACUCGCACAGCGACGUCGUCUCAGUCGGUGACCACUCUCCCAUAGCUGCCUGCCACAUGUCCCACCAAGCCCAGGGCGCAAACCCUGAAACGUGCACCAGGGGAACCUCCGUGCUUCUGCCUCCGGGUCCGGCGGAGGUCAUCUCCCCCCUGGAGAAGAAAAAACGUCUUGCCCAGGCCUGCCUGACCGUUCCUACUCCUCCAGGAGGGGACGACACGGCGGAGAGGCCCUCCGUCAUCCACCACUCCCAGCCCCCAACGUGCACGCCCCACGGACGGACGCGAAACUCCUCCGAGGGCUCUCCGCUCCCCCUCUCGUCUCCUUCCGCCUCCGUCUCCCGCGGCUCCUCGCCUUACUCGAUCUCCUCCGAGGACUCGGUGAAAACUCACAGUCCCUCCGUCGCCGAGACGGAGAAACGGACGCCGACGCAUUUCAGCCCCGGCCGUCCCUCCGUGUCCAGCAACGUCGGGGUGUGCAAGCCGCAGAGCCAGUACCCCAGCAUCAAAGACCAAACCGACUUCUCUCGCCAACAUUACAAGGAAUUCCUUCAGGUCAGCCCCUCGCAGGGGGACUGCGUCUCGGACAAAGCCCAGAGGAAUCUCCCGGGCUGGGGCGCCGACGGAAGGGGAGGGGCCAGAGCCUCGGCCCUCAAGCCGCCUCCCAUUUCCCAGUACGGCUCGCCAGCCAAACCGUACUGGUCGCCCACCGCCUCAAGUUUCACCAAAGUACUGCCCAAAUCCGCCGACCACUGGCGGCCCGCCUCCACACAGCCGGUAUAUAAACUCGCCCACCAGCCUCACUCUAAGCGACCCAUGCCCGAGGAGUCUUUGAGCCACAUGAAGAAAGCCAUGUACACGUUGCGUUUCCCGGACAAGAAGGAGAAAUCCAAGCCGGUAUUGGCCAAGCCGCUUCCCGCACCGCAGCCUCUGUUGCAUCCUCACCCUGGUUUGCCCUACCUGCCCCCACCGUACGACAGAACCGGCAGGGGCGAUCUGUCAGAGCCCCACCUAAAGGCACUCCCCAUUCAUCCAGCCCUGAUCCAGGCCCCCUUAAACCUUCCCCAGUCUCAGGGCCACCUCGCGCACCGCCUUCCGCUGGGACCCAUCUACCCUGCCGCGUACGAAUCCACCCUGCGGGCUUACCCGUACUCCGUGCCGAUUUGGCAUCCUCACGCGACGUACAGCAUGGCGAAUUUGCAGCCUUUCUACCCCAACACCAGGCUAUAG